AGCAAGUGGUAUAACGGAAGAAAAAACCGUAUCGGUUAGAGUGCUGGUUAAAAUCGUCCAGAAACGAAUUAAUAUUAGAAAUUCUUUCAUCUGAUCGUAUUAAAUCGACGAAAUAAUGCAAGAAAAUGAAAACAUUAAGAGUGAUCAAGUUGAAUAUCUAGAAACUCCCAUCAAAUCGAAGAAUGACAAAAAGGAAUAUAGAGCCAUUAGAUUACCAAAUGGUUUAGAAGCUUUGCUAAUAUCCGAUGAAUAUUCAAAGACAUGCUCUUCUCAACUUCAAGAUAUGAAAAAUGAAAUGAAGGCAGCAUGUUGCUUAUGUGUGAGAACACGAACUUUCAAAGAGCCAUCAGAAUUUCCAGGCAUAUCAUUUUUCUUCGAAUAUAUCCUUUUGGCUGAAUUCGAUAAACAUUGCCAAAAAUAUGAUUUUAAAGAAUUUAUUUAUAAACAUGGAGGCAGCUGGGAUUGCUUAUUUGAUUAUGAUGAAUAUACAUUAUCGUUUAUCUUUGAUAUUCAAGAGGAACAUUUUUUAUCAGUUCUUAUUCAUUUUGCUGAAUUUUUCACUAAUCCUCUACCGGAAAAAGAUGCAUUUAUGCAGAAUCAAAACGAAAAAGAAUUUCAGAAAGCUUUAAAUUUAGCCAAGGUCAGAGUUCAUCAACCACAGCUUUCCUCCUUUACGCGAACUGAUCAUCCAAUCAACAUUACUAAGGAUCAUAUUAUAAAAGAGCAGGAAAAUUUGGAUUACACGAAAUUAUAUGAAGAGCUAUACAAAUUUAAAGAGCGCCAUUAUAAUGCUCGCAGUAUAAAGCUGGUUAUACAGGCAAGAUUACCGCUGAAUACUUUGGAACAAUAUGUCACAAUUAAUACGUGUUUUGUUAAUGUACCAACUAACGAACUAUCUCUCGAUGACUCUAUCGAAUUAAUAAAAAAUGAUGUUCCUUUUGAUACUGCCGCUUUUCAAAAAAUGUAUAAAAUUUCUGCUUUGAAACAUGUUAGACAACUAGAAAUAACAUGGGCCAUGCCUUCGCAAUUGGCUUUAUAUAAAAGUAAACCAUAUCGAUAUAUUUCGUGUCUUAUUGGACAUGAAGGAAAAGGUUCCCUAAUUAGUUAUCUACGUAAAAAAAUAUGGAAUAUUACUGUUUCCAAUAAGGAAAUUUGUUACAAUAUACAUACUAUCACGUAUAGCUUAUUCAAGAUUAGUAUAGAUCUCUCCAAUGAAGGAAAACAACAUGUAAAGGAGGUUCUAGAUACGAUAUUUUCCUAUAUCAAUUGGUUAAAGAAGGAAGGUCCGCAGAAAAAAAUUUACGACGAGUUUAGUGAGAGUUCAGAAAAUAUUUUUAGAGAAAAUUUUAAGGAAGAGAAUCCAAAGGAUAAUGUGAGCAGUUUAUGUAUAAAUUUGUAUCAGUAUCCGUCGCGCGAUUAUCUAAUUGGAAGCAAGAUUUAUUUUGAAUAUGAUCCAGAAAGUAUAACAAAUAUUUUGAAUUAUUUGAUACCUGAGACUGCGAAUAUUAUGAUUUUCGACAAAGACUUUGAUAAUAUGGAAUUAGAUAAAGUCGAUUCAUGGUUGAAAGUACGAUAUACAGACAUCGAGAUACCACACGAAUGGCUCGAACACUGGAAAUCCGUCGAGCCAUUGCCACAUUUUCAUUCACCGGGAAAGAAGGAUGCAUUUCUUCAUAAUAAUCAUUAUUUAAUAGGAUUGCCUUCAAAAAUUCCAAAAUAUCCUAGAAAAUUGCGUUCGGGAAUUGAUUUAUUAGAGAUUUGGUAUCGCGAAGAUCCCAAAUUUCGUUUGCCAAUAGCUUAUAUGUAUGUACAUUUUAUUUCCUGUGGAGAAUUUCUGUCAGGACCGGAAAAUUUCGCUCUCAUGACAGUGUACUGCAACAUAAUAAAAUUACUAGUGGCGGAAGAAUUAUAUGCUAUAGAAAGUGGGCUCACCUAUGACAUCAGUGUUAAUGAGAAAGGAAUUAUAAUAAAACUAUCUGGACCUUGGCCGAACUGUUUGUUGAACAUUAUAACAAAAUGCAUGAAGAACUGUUCAAAUAUUACGAAGCUAAUGUUCGAAAUGAUCAAAGCUCAACAAAUUGAUAUCUGUAACGACAUAUUCACUAAACCUGAGGAACUCGCUAAGGAUAUGAGAUUAUGGAUACUAAAAUUUGUCCAUUAUACAUACGUCGAUGUACACAAUGCUUUACAAAAUGUCAGUUUCCAGGAAUUCCAAAAAUUUGCAAAACAUUUUAUCAGUUGUCUAUACAUUCAGUGUCUCGUGCAAGGCAAUAUGAAGGAGGUUGAUGUAAUCAAUUCUUUAUAUCCGAUUCUUAAAAUAUUUAACUGUAACUCUUCACAUUCUAAUAAAAAGGAAUCAAAUAGAGUCUUUCAGUUACCCUUGGGCACAAGUAAUUGCAAAUUGAAAAAUAUCAACAAACAUGAUCCAACUUCCGUUGUGGUAAAUACUUAUCAAAUCGAUGCGUCAAUUGAGUCAUCGGUGUUAAUGAGAUUAAUAAUCAUGAUAAUGGAAUUAUCACUAAAAUCAAUCCAAAAUGAUGAUCUUGUACAACAUACUUCAUGCAACUAUAUAGAUGUCGGUGGAAUUGUAGGAUGUUCUAUUAGUGCCACUCAAUCAAUGACAAAUAAAUCAUGCACAACUGAGUUUAUUAAGGAAUGGAUCGAUAGAUUUCUGGAUCUUUUUAAAGAAAUUUUGAAUGGAUUCUCAGAAAAUAACUUAGAUGAUGUCAAGGAAAGAUUAAGAAUAUUUAAGCAACAUGCUGAUAUGAAUCUUGAAGAAGAAGUUAAUAGAAACUGGAAUGAGAUCAUGAAGGGUCAAUACAUAUUUGACAGAGAUGAGAGAGAAAUACUUGCAUUAAACAACAUAAAAAUAAACGAACUAAAAGAAUGGUUUGAUAAGUAUAUGAGGAACGAAAAUUAUAUGAAAAAAUUGAGUGUACAUGUUAUUGGAACUGAUCCCGACGAAGCGCAAUCCAUUGCUUUGGAAUACAUAAUCGAUGAACAUCAACAUAAGAACAUUGAAGAAAAUUAUAUUAUUAAAGUAGAAGAAUACAAGAAAAAACUUUUCGUUUAUCCAGUAUCUGAAAACACAAUUUGAUUUCUGAGAUAACUAUGACCAAUCGACAGCGCAGAAUGAUAAUGGAAUUGUCAUUAAAAUCAAUCCAAAAUGAUCUUAUACAACAUACUUCAUGCGACUAUAUGGAUGUCGGUGGAAUUGUAGGAUGUUCUAUUAGUGCCACUCAAUCAGUGGCAAAUAAAUCAUGCACAACUGAAUUUAUUAAGGAAUGGAUCGAUAGAUUUCUGGAUGUUUUUAAAGAAAUUUUGGAUGAAUUCUCAGAAAAUGACUUAGAUGAUGUUAAGGAAAGAUUAAGAAUAUUUAAGCAACAUAAGUUUUAGUUCUUUCUUAGUUCUCCCAAAAUGAAAAAAAGAAGAAUCCAAUAAUCGCAGC